AGAGACAGACUGAAACACUCAGACUGCAGACACACGUGGAGCAAAGAGGCGGAAAAAAAGCAGCACGAGCAGGAGACCAAUAGAAAGCAAGAGAUCAUGAUGCUGUUGCAACAGAGCAGUUUUUGCUAGUUUGGCUUUCAUAAAUGACAAAUAUUAAAAAAACAAACUAGAAGGGUGAAGGUUUAAUGUAGCAAAGUAAAGGCAAGUUUUGACUUUAAAAUGCCACAAUAAGAUUUUUUUUAAUUCAAAAGGAAUAACUGCAAGAGACGGGGAUCUUUUGGGAUUUGAAGCUUUUUUUCUGUUCAAAUCAACGAGAACCAGGAAUCUCCAUUUACCUGACAGCAGAACUGAGGUGGAGCUCUUUGACCUGCACUUUGGGACCAUUUCACAUAUGCUUCAUUGUUAGGAAAAGAAGAAUAAUCCCUGGGACCAGGUAAAUCUCAGGUAGACCUGGUGAACAAAGUGGUGCACACUUUUAGCCAACCCCAGUCGCUGUCGAGCAUCAUUGUCUCCUACAGCUUGCACCUUGCCUUUGAGGCUUCUCCAGAGGACUCAUUGAAAUCCACAGCUCUAAAGAUGACAUACGCCAUGCUACGCACAGCGCCUCCUGCAGGCCGCUUCCUAUACGGCGACAUCGCUCUCCUCUCCGAAGACGAUGAGGAGAAUGGCAGCGAAGGCUCUGGCUCUGAGGAGCGAACCACCAACUCCUCUGCGUUUCGCUUGUCUUCCUCGUCGUCCCCAACGUCCUUCCACAUCAAGGUGAACAGAAAGAGAAAAAUGUGUGUGGCUGGAGGGGGUGGAGGUCUGGGGGCCAUGGUGGGGAGGCUGGGCACCCCUGGAUCAUCACCUCAUGUGGAGGUCCGCCAGAGGACCGCCGCCAAUGCCCGGGAGAGAGAUCGCACCAAUUCUGUGAACACAGCCUUCACAGCGCUGCGCACUCUCAUCCCCACUGAGCCUGCAGACAGGAAGUUGUCGAAGAUCGAGACACUACGCUUGGCCAGCAGCUACAUCAGCCAUCUGGGAAACGUGUUGCUUCUGGGUGAAGGGCUUCAUGAUGGACAGCCUUGCCACGCGCCAUCGCCCCCAUUUUUCCAUGUCAGCUCCUCCCCCACCCGAGGAUCUGACCAAUCAACUCAGCCCAAGCACAUCUGCACCUUCUGCCUGAGCAACCAGAGGAGAAUGAACAAAGACAGAGACAGGAAAACUACCAUCCGGAGCUAACAGCCACAUUGACAGUCCCUCAGAUGAAAUCCUCAUCUCUUUGACAGUGAUUUUUUUUUUUAUCACUGCAGCUGGAACACAAGCUCCUAAUCCACUUGUAAGACUUUUGAAGGACUUUUUAUAGCACUUCCAGGACCUGCCUUUUUCCAUUGCUUUUUACAAAGAACUCAAUAAUACUUUCAGAGGGCUUUUACACAAUUACCAAUGACAAUCAAGCACUUCUCCCUGUAUUGCACAGUGACUUUUUACUCAGUGUUAACUGUUUUUGGCGCAUGAUCAUACAAACCCCACAACUUUGCAUUAAUCAAAGGCUGUGUGUUAUUAUUGUGUAAACUGAAAUAUAAAUGUAUAUUUAUGUAACAUAACAUUAUGUAAUGAAAUGAUGUUAUUUAACGGUUGUCUAACAUUCUUGACAAUGUUCAUUUUUUAUGAAGUUACAAACAUUUGCUUCAACUUGGUUAAAAAAGAAACAUUCAGCAGAAUAAACAAAUUUUUAAACGUGGAAAA